UGGUGAGCGCGGAAUGGCUUCUUGCUGACUCGUAUUGUUCUGUCUCUUUAUUGACUGAGUAAGCGAAACUUAAUCUAUCCAAGGCUCCAAUAAGCGCACUUGUCAGUGACUCUUUCGACCGACUCAUUCAUCUCACAUACGAAUACCAUCAGCACGCAAUUCCCUUUUGCUCAUACAAAGCCAGACUAAUUUGGUUUUGUAAGAGGAUGUGAGGUUUUCGGAGGGAAACAGGUAUCAUCGCUCAUUGAAUCGGACCGGGCUACUCGCCUCGUGAUUGGUCGAUGCAACAGGUUUAUGGAUCCCUAAUCCUUUAUUAUAUUGCACCUGACGUGGUGACGUCACGGCUGACCCCAGAGCACCACACCAGCCUAAUAUCAUCUCAGCAAACGAGUUUUGGAAUGCGCUAGAUAGCAAGUGACAGCAGAGCGAAAAAAGCAGCUGAAUAUGCCGAGGUCCUUCCUGGUGAAGACUAAGACAGAGAGGUGUUCCCACUUCGACUCGCCUAUAAUCCCUUCAAGACCCGACAACGGUUGCAUUCGGGAUAUUUCGCGGGUUGAUGAUGUUGCUAGUAAUGUGAAAGACGGCAAGCAAGAAACCCUUCAGAAAAACAACACAAAUCGCUCAAACUGCACCGCAGUCCAUGCGCAAGUUAUUCCACUAGGGAUCGAAGAGACGCAUCGUACUCAAAAUACUUACCCAGUUAAAGAAGAUAUUAAAUCAUCUCCUACAUCAAAAACACUUGUCGCUUGUACAGGUGUCCCGAGUCAUGAUCCCUCGCGAGUUGUAACGAGCGAAGCACCUGCCAAACUCCAGUGCCCAAAUUGCAUGAAGGGCUUCAACGCACUAGCGACACUGAUGAGACACCAAUACUUCUACUGUCCCCCUACACAACACAAGCGACCUUUCCACUGCAAAUACUGCGAAAAGCUGUACGACUCCUUGGGCGCUCUCAAGAUGCACAUUCGCACUCACACGCUGCCGUGCAAAUGCAAGAUCUGCGGGAAGGCGUUUAGUCGGCCGUGGCUACUCCAAGGUCAUGUGCGAACUCAUACCGGUGAAAAGCCAUACAAGUGCACCCAAUGUCAGCGCGCGUUUGCUGACAGGUCCAACUUGCGAGCGCAUCUACAGACGCAUUCUGACGUGAAGAAGUACAGCUGUAAGCAGUGCUCAAAGUCCUUCUCCCGUAUGUCGCUACUACUGAAGCACGAAGGCUCCUGCAGCGGGGCAAGUAGUGCUGCUAUGUGUCGGCAAAAUCUCUGCUGAAUAAAGUCAGGCUGCUUCAAAACAAUUUAUGAAAUACUGCUUGUUUCUGUUAUGAACGGUGGUUGAUUAACUAUGAUUAGAGACAAUUUAUAGAAUAAUGAUAAUUGUUGUUGGUGCUGGAAUGCCUCAUAUAGACAUGAUCGAUAGUAGUUGUAAAGCUGUAAAUACACGAUAGUUAUUAAUUAUAUAGCGACUGGACUUUAAGGCGAUGAAUCGUGUUUAAUGGUUGUCUUCAUAGAACUAGAGAUAUUUUUGUACAAAUGCUCUUUUGAACAUUGCAUAAUGACAGGUGUAUUAUCCGUGUUUUGUCGCACAUUUUGUAAAUAAGCCAAGGGAAAUGCAUGCACUUAUGCGCAAAAGCUCCACAAAAGACCACAACUUGUCCAACGUCUAGUUUAACUCAGUUUAAUUCUACCUCAAGUCGGUAGCAAGAUCUAGUAACAGAUAGCACUGUUAGGUAUAAAUUAUCCUUGGGGCCAUUUUGGUUUCGCGUUGAACCAUGACUUACCCUUAAUGAGUGGUUUACGGUAUUGUGAUUUACUACUGUGAGCGAAUCGAUAAUUCCAACCGCACCUAAACGCAGCAGUCAAAAGCAGUCAGACAAAGCUUUCUUGAUUGAACCUGGAUCGUGAUUUAGUGAGCGGUGAACAAAAGAGCCUAGCAGGUUUUUCUCUCGAUCAAUCAUAGCGUUCUUAUGUUCAGGUGUCGAGGUCAACUAUAAACUGUUUAGUAAUGGCGGGAAAAAGCCUUGAAGGGGCUAUGUAUGUGUUAGUAUGACAGAAUCCACUGCCACAUACAGAAACGUACUGUGACGACUCGCAAAUAAGAGUAAACGAUUUCUGCAUAGCUCUUCAAUGAUAAUGAUAUAAUUAAACCAUAAAACGUUCAA